AUGGAAAGGACAAACCUGAGCCGAGAGAUGGAGUUUGAACUCUUGGGCCUCACCAGUGACCCCCAGCUUCAAAGGCUACUCUUUGUGGUAUUCCUGGCCAUGUACUCCGUCACUGUGCUAGGGAACCUGACCAUGUUCUUUCUAAUCCAUGUGAGCGUCACUCUGCACACACCCAUGUACUCCCUCCUCAAGAGCCUUUCAUUCCUGGAUUUCUGCUAUUCUUCUACGGUGGUCCCCCAGACGCUGCUGAACUUCUUGGCUAAGAGAAAGGUGAUCUCUUAUCUUGGCUGCAUGGCUCAGAUGUUCUUUUAUGCGGGCUUCGCCACCAGCGAGUGCUAUCUCAUUGCUGCCAUGGCCUAUGAUCGCUAUGUCGCUGUCUGUAAUCCUCUGCUCUACCCUAGCAUCAUGUCUCCUAACGUCUGUGCCUCUCUGAUCGUGGGCUCCUACAGUGCAGGGUUCCUCAAUUCUCUUAUCCACACGAGCUGUAUCUUCAGUCUGAGCUUCUGUGGUGCUCACGUGGUCACUCAUUUUUUCUGUGAUGGACCACCCAUCCUGUCCCUGUCCUGUGUGGACACUUGGCUGUGUGAGGUCUUGCUCUUCGUCUUCGCAGGUUUCAACCUUCUGAGCUGCACGCUCACCAUCUUGAUCUCCUACCUCUUAAUCCUCAUCGCCAUCCUACAGAUGAACUCAACCCAAGGCAGGUUCAAGGCGUUUUCCACCUGUACAUCCCACCUCACCGCUGUGUGCUUCUUUUUUGGCACGACUCUUUUUAUGUACCUGCGCCCUAAGUCCAGCUACUCCUUGACCCAGGACCGCGUGGUCGCUGUCAUCUACACAGUGGUGAUCCCGAUGCUGAAUCCCUUAAUCUACUCUUUGAGAAACAAGGAUGUGAAGGAAGCUUUAAGGAAGGUUUGGGGCUGGAAAUCAAUGGAAUGA